AUGAGGCCGCGGCCCGACGGCCGGGGGCUCCGGGCGGGAGCCGCGCUGUCGGCCGCGUUGCUGCUGCUGCUGCUGCUGCCGCCGCCGCCGCCGCUGCUGGGACGCCUGUGGGCGGCGGGCACCCCCGCGCCGUCGGGGGCUCGGCAGGACGCGCCCGGCGCGGGCCGCGUGAAGCGCGGCUGGGUGUGGAACCAGUUCUUCGUGGUGGAGGAGUACACGGGCACCGAGCCCCUGUACGUGGGCAAGAUCCACUCGGACUCAGACGAGGGUGACGGGGCCAUCAAGUACACCAUCUCAGGCGAGGGCGCUGGGACCAUCUUCCUGAUUGACGAGCUGACGGGUGACAUCCACGCCAUGGAGCGCCUGGACCGCGAGCAGAAAACCUUCUACACGCUGCGGGCACAGGCUCGGGACCGCGCCACCAACCGCCUGCUGGAACCCGAGUCGGAAUUCAUCAUCAAGGUGCAGGACAUCAACGACAGCGAGCCCCGCUUCCUGCACGGCCCCUACAUUGGCAGCGUGGCCGAGCUCUCACCCACAGGCACGUCGGUGAUGCAAGUGAUGGCCUCGGAUGCGGAUGACCCCACGUACGGCAGUAGCGCUCGGCUGGUGUACAGCGUGCUGGACGGAGAGCACCACUUCACCGUGGACCCCAAGACCGGCGUGAUCCGGACGGCCGUGCCUGACCUCGACCGCGAGAGCCAGGAGCGCUACGAGGUGGUGAUCCAGGCCACAGACAUGGCGGGCCAGCUGGGCGGCCUCUCCGGCUCCACCACCGUCACCAUCGUGGUCACCGACGUCAACGACAACCCGCCCCGUUUCCCACAGAAGAUGUACCAGUUCAGCAUUCAGGAGUCGGCCCCCAUCGGCACGGCCGUGGGACGAGUGAAAGCCGAGGACUCGGACGUGGGCGAGAACACGGACAUGACUUACCACCUCAAAGAGGAGAGCGGCAGCGGCGGCCACGUGUUCAAGGUCACCACAGACGGCGACACUCAGGAGGCCAUCAUCGUAGUGCAGAAGCGCCUGGACUUCGAGUCCCAGCCCGUGCACACCGUGGUCCUGGAGGCGCUCAACAAGUUCGUGGACCCCCGCUUCGCCGACCUGGGCACGUUCCGCGACCAGGCGAUCGUGCGCGUGGCCGUGACCGACGUGGACGAGCCCCCCGAGUUCCGGCCGCCCUCCGGCCUCCUGGAGGUGCAGGAGGACGCGCAGGUGGGCUCCCUGGUCGGCGUGGUGACGGCGCGGGACCCCGACGCCGCCAACCGGCCCGUCCGGUACGCCAUUGACCGAGACUCAGAUUUGGACCAGAUCUUUGAUAUCGAUGCGGACACGGGCGCCAUCGUGACGGGCAAGGGGCUGGACCGCGAGACCGCGGGCUGGCACAACAUCACGGUGCUGGCCAUGGAGGCAGACAAUCAUGCCCAGCUAUCCCGGGCAUCCCUAAGGAUCCGAAUCCUGGAUGUGAAUGACAAUCCCCCAGAGCUGGCCACACCCUACGAGGCAGCCGUAUGUGAGGAUGCCAAGCCAGGCCAGCUCAUCCAGACCAUCAGCGUGGUGGACAGAGACGAGCCCCAGGGUGGGCACCGCUUCUAUUUCCGCCUGGUACCUGAAGCUCCCAGCAACCCUCAUUUCUCUCUGCUCGACAUCCAAGACAACACGGCCUCCGUGCACACGCAGCACAUGGGCUUCAACCGGCAGGAGCAGGACGUGUUCUUCCUGCCCAUCCUGGUGGUGGACCGCGGGCCGCCCACGCUGAGCAGCACAGGCACGCUCACCAUCCGCGUCUGUGGCUGUGACAGCUCCGGCGCCAUCCAGUCCUGCAACACCACGGCCUUCGUCAUGGCCGCCUCCCUCAGCCCCGGCGCCCUCAUCGCCCUCUUGGUCUGCGUCCUCAUCCUGAUUGUGCUCGUGCUGCUGAUCCUCACCCUCAGGCGCCACCACAAGAGCCAACUGAGCUCGGACGAGGACGAGGACAUGCGGGACAACGUCAUCAAAUACAACGACGAGGGCGGCGGCGAGCAGGACACCGAGGCCUACGACAUGUCGGCGCUGCGGAGCCUCUACGACUUCGGCGAGCUCAAGGGCGGCGACGCGGGCGGCGUUGGGGGCCCGGGCGGGGGCGCGGGCAGCCCCCCGCAGGCCUGCCUGCCCUCGGAGCGCCACUCGCUGCCGCAGGGGCCGCCGGGCCCCGAGCCGGACUUCUCGGUGUUCAGGGACUUCAUCAGCCGCAAGGUGGCGCUGGCGGACGGGGACCUGUCGGUGCCGCCCUACGACGCCUUCCAGACCUACGCCUUCGAGGGCGCGGACUCGCCGGCCGCCUCGCUCAGCUCGCUGCACAGCGGCUCGUCGGGCUCCGAGCAGGACUUCGCCUAUCUCAGCAGCUGGGGCCCGCGCUUCCGGCCCCUGGCCGCGCUCUACGCCGGCCACCGCGCGGACGACGAGGCCCAGGCCUCCUAG